AUGGAUCUGAUUACUUUGUCAGAAGACCCGUGCCUCCUGGACGAGUCUGUCAAAAUUUACGUGGUACGUAUUCAAUACUUCACCACCAUGGACUUUGACAUUAAGUACGACCCCAAAAUCAAGGGUUUGGUAUUCACAGAGAAACCCGACGUGGUCGAUGCAAAUCUUCAACAGGACCUUGACCAGCUCAAUACGUUAUGCACGGAGUUGAUCGGAUUGACUGCACCAGUUCCACCUAAACCCAGCCAGGAAUCGUUCAACAAAGAUUUGUCCAAGAUGAUCAAAAAGUUGUACGAAGGAGGCGUUCAGUCAUUCAAGCAGGGCAAGUUCCCUGAAUCUGCAAAGCAGUUCACCAUUGCUAUCGAAGUUGUGAACCGUAGAAACAAGUUCGAAGCUUUCCAGGGAACAUUACAGGAGCUCAACCUCUUGUUGAUGAGCAGAGCGGAUGCCUACUUGAAGUGCAAAGAGUAUUUGAAGGCAUUCAACGAUGCAGACAUGUUGAUUGGAAUGAUGAUGUGUACUCCAGACAACUUCUUGAGACGAGGUGUAGCCAACUACUUUUUGGGCAACUAUGAGGAUGCCCGUGCAGAUUACCAGCGUGGAUUGGCUUUUGAUGAAGAUAACGAAAGAUUAAUUACUGAGUUGAACAUCUGUUUGGAUAAGAUUCUUGAGGAGAACGGCGAUUACCUUUGA